UUAUAUUAGUGCAGAAACACUGUACCUUUUAAUUUAAAAUGCCCUUGGAGUCUGCUGGGGAAGAGAAAUAAUACUGUCAGUCAGUAUGACAUGCAGAUGAGUGCCGUCGAUCUUAGAAUCACCGCACACUUCACUCAUUUGGGCAGUCACGGGGCCAAAACCAGAGUGUGGAGCCACAGUGUGGCGGUGGAGGCGAGCAGCAAUGGGAGGCCAUACAGCACCCUAUGACAAAAUGGAACCCACCAGCAGUGUGAGGAGACCUGAAAGUGGCACAUGGCAGAGUGUGGCGAUGGAGACAGCAGCAAUGGGAGGCCGUACAGGGACCCAUGACACACUCUGGACCUGGCAGCAGCAUGAGGAGGCGGUACAGGGGCCCAUGGCAGAUUACGGGCCCUGGCAGCAGCAUGAGGAGGCGGUACAGGGGCCCAUGGCAGAGGAUGGAUCUGGCAGCAGUAUGAGACGGUGAGGCGGUACAGGGGCCCGU